CGCUGUGGCGCGUGGCGGCGGCUGCGGUGCACGACUCUUGUUGCGCAGUGCGCUGCACCUUACGUCGCGCCGCUGCGGAGCACUGAUGCUUGGUGAGCGCAGUGCGCUGCUGCAAUUACGUCGCGGAGCCCGGCACUUGCCGCAAGUCGUCGUCCUCGGCUCACACAGUGCUAAUCGAUGCCAACGCACGAUAUCAAGGUCCUUCGACGGCAGUUUGCUCCCUGUGAGCUAUUUUUUUGUGCAAUAUAAACCCUAGCGUCUAUUAAGACACUAGCAAGCAAAAUCGUUCCUGACCCUCGGCCUUGCGCUGCCACAGAUGGCGAGCUACGGACUGGAGGGGCCCGGCUUGAUCCCAGGGCCGGCACGAGCGAGGGCGUCGCGACCUACGAUGGCCGGAUUACCGCCUCCGAUGGCCGCACUGACCACUGCGGAGGAAGAUGCCUUGCGCCGCGCGCUUGGCGAGUUACACCCUUGCCCGCCGGCCACUAUACUCAGGGCAGCCGAGAAAACACUGGGCAGACCCGAGGGCAGCCUAGACGCACGGCAAAUGCUCGUCACGGCGUUUUGCAACGCCGAGAUGUCGCGCAUCGACGACCUCAAAAGAGCCGUCGCGCCGCCGUCGCUCGCCUUCGGCGACAAGGGCCUGGUCGUGACCUUUACGCCGCCGAGCGACGUUUCUCACGCGGCGCUGUACCUGCACGUCGACGGCGACAAGCUGUUCUACGACGCCGACAAAAAGAAACUCCUCGCGCCCGGGGAGCUGGGCAACGCAUUGGCGGCGAGGCCUCGGAGACCGAACAAGGUCGUUGUGAGCGGGGGCCUCAAGGUCGGGAAGCCAAUCACGGCCACCGUGUGCUACCGCGGGCCCGCCGCGUUCGCCUUCGGCCCGGAGGGCGCCCACAGCAACUCCGUCGUCGCCGCUCUGCCCUUGCUGCCCGGCGCGCCGCUGGUGCAGCCCUACACGGCGGGUGGUGUUAAAGUCCACUUCGUGGCUCCGCCGCGCUGCUUCAAGGUCGCCAUUCGAGUGGUCGAUACUGCGUCUGGCGAUGUCUAUCGGGUCGAAUGGAAUGCAGAUAAAGACCUGUACGAUUGCCUGCUGGGACUGACGGGUCCGGGCACCUCGAGAGUCCCGAUCCGCACCAUCGAGGUCGACGACCAUACUCGCCAAAGUACGGCGAAAAUUAGGCUACGCGCACACAACAUCGAGUACGCGAUUAGUCUCGCGGCGUUCAACGGCGUUGCGUGGUCGGAAUUUGGCCCCGCGUCGACGAUAAACCUCGCGGACCACGUGCCGUUGGUCCCCUGCGCGCCGCUCAUAGAUACGAUCGGCGAGGAUAACGCGAUGGUGCGGUUCUCGCCGCCGCCGUCGAAACUUUCGGCUCAUGGCUCGCAAGUCGUGCUCGCGUUCCGCGUCCGUGGGGCCCCCGCGGACGCGACGCGAUAUUUCGAUUCGAAUACCCUCGAGCUGGUCGGCGGGGACUAUGCGCGGGACGCUGUUGGCCUGCUGAAUGCCAAAAAGCAUGGUCGCGCUAUCCGCGUGCGGGGCCUCGCGGCGGCUACGGAGUACGAGGCGACCGUCAUUGGCGCAAAUACAUUCGGCUGGAGUGCACACAGCCCGGCCACCACCUUCAAGACGCUCCCGGGCGAGGUGGAGGUGACGGGCGUCCAGACCCAGGACGAGCGCGACGCCGAGGCGAAGAAGCGCGCCGUCGACGUCGACGCGGACGACUCGGACGAGCCCGAGGCCAAGCGGCCGGCGCGGAAGAAGCGCAGGCAGUAGUUGUGUGUAAAUCAGCCCCCGGGGGAAGUUGAUACUAGUAUUGCAUAACAGCAGCGUCUUAC